UUAGUGCGGAAGAUCAAUCUCCCUCACCCGGCUUGGUAAACACAUAUUGGUGGCCAAAAAGCAGGGAUCCAAUUUCUCCCAAAAAAUCGAUCCUUUCUCCCACUGGGGCAGAAUCAUCUCGGUUGGUGAGGCUCGGGAGACUUCACCACACCUGUCGCAGCAGUAGGACAAAAACCUUUUCAACAUGGACCAGGUAAUGCAAUUUGUGGAGCCCAGUCGGCAGUUUGUGAAGGACUCGAUAAGGCUUGUGAAGAGGUGUACCAAGCCAGACAGAAAAGAAUUCUCAAAGAUUGCCAUGGCCACAGCGAUAGGUUUUGCUAUCAUGGGCUUCAUUGGUUUCUUCGUCAAACUCAUCCACAUCCCAAUCAACAACAUCAUUGUUGGUGGUUGAAUAUCUCUCCUGGCUGACUGACUACCUGCAACUGGACAUGGGAUUAAAGUGUUAACAUUUUUAUAUAUAUUAUAAUUAUCUUCAGUUCAUAUUUGUUUGCUUUGUAAAUAAAUUUGGAUUAAUAAGAGAUUGAA